UGUGUAAGUUUGCGUUCUGUGGUUGUGCGUGUGCUCUAGCUUGUUUCACUGGCGUUGAGUUCGUGCUGUGAUCAAAACACUUCGUUACAUUUGGACGCGCGCCGCGCUGAUACGCGAUUCGUAAUAUCGCGGGUACGGGUCAGCCAACGCGACACCGGCCUCUAUUGUCGGGUCCGGUUUUGUUUUUGUUUUUGCGCGCAGCCUGGCGCGCUGCCAUCGGAGAGCGACCGCGGUUGUGUCUGAGCUGACGGAGGCGCCGAGCCGGUACUGAGCACGUGGGAUUUCCAGUUUUUUGCUGCAGUGCGCUUUUUUGGGGCGCGCGUUGUAGAUGUCGAGAGGAUUUAGAGACUGGACAGUGGCUGCAUAGCGAGGUCAAGCCUCGGCGAAGGCAAUGGCCCCGAUAGAACUCGAAAACAAAGCCGAAGAGGAGCAGCGGCUUGUGAACGGCGCCGACGACAACAAAACGCUGCCUCGCGGCCCGCCGGAAAAGAUUGUCCCCGCGGACACCCUCAAGCCGCUGGAAAAACCUGCCGGCCCUAAAGAGAAUGGUAGCUUCGACGAUGUGGGAAGUGCCAGCGACCUCCUGUCUGAAACCCAGACACCAUGCAUGUCUCCCCGUCGCAUGCGUCGGGAGAGGCUAUGGUCCGGGUCUGCAAAGGACGACUCCCUGCUGCUUACCCGUCAGCGUACAAUCUACACAGCAGGACGACCUCCCUGGUACAAUGUCCAGGGCCAGCUCAUGGAGCCUUUCGUCAUUGGCAUCUGUGGUGGAAGCGCUUCGGGCAAGACGACGGUGGCCAAGAAGAUAAUCGAGGCGCUCAACGUGCCUUGGGUCACAUUGCUCAGCAUGGAUUCAUUCUACAAGGUGCUGGAUGCGGAGCAGCAUCGGCAGGCCGAUGAGAACCAGUUCAACUUUGACCACCCAGAUGCAUUUGAUUUUGACCUGCUCAUUGAGACGCUCAAGAAGCUCAAGGAAGGCAAACGCGUUGAGGUCCCCAUCUACAACUUUGUGACGCACGCACGUGAGAAGCGCUUCAAGUUUAUGUAUGGUGCAAACGUCAUCAUCUUCGAGGGUAUCCUCUGCUUUACCAACAAGGAACUGCUCAAUAUGAUGGACAUGAAAAUAUUUAUAGACACGGACAGCGACAUCCGGCUCGCACGACGGUUACAACGUGACAUUACUGACCGUGGCCGCGACCUCGAGGGCUGUCUGGCCCAGUACGAGCGUUUUGUGAAGCCAGCCUUUGACCACUACAUAGCCCCGUCCAUGGUUCACGCUGACCUCAUCGUGCCCAGAGGUGGCGACAACCACAUCGCCAUCAACCUGAUCGUUCAGCAUGUCCACACGCAGCUAGUCUCGCGGGGCCUGAAGCUGCGCUCCAAGAUGGCCGAAUCGCACACUGGUCAGCCUCUCCCGGCCUCACUGCACCUGUUGCCCCAGACGCCCCAGCUGCGUGGCAUCCACACCUUCAUUCGCAACCGGGCCACGCAGCGUGACGAGUUCAUCUUCUACUCGAAGCGGCUCAUGCGCCUCCUGAUGGAGUACACAGUGGCACAGCUUCCCUUCCAGGACGUUGCCGUGGAGACUCCCCAGGGAAUCAGCUACAAUGGAAAGCGCAGCGCAGCUGGCAAGAUCUGCGGUGUGUCCAUUCUUCGCGCAGGCGAGACCAUGGAGCAGGCUCUAUGCGACGUCCUCAAGGAUGUCCGGCUGGGAAAGAUUCUCAUCCAGACCAAUCAGAGCACGGGAGAGCCUGAGCUCUACUAUCUACGCUUGCCCAAAGACAUAAAGGACUACACAAUCCUGCUGAUGGACGCCACAGUGGCAACCGGUGCAGCAUCCAUCAUGGCUGUGCGGGUGCUGCUCGAUCAUGACGUGCCCGAAGAAAACAUCAUGCUCGUGUCUCUGCUUAUGGCCGAGUCUGGAGUCCACUCGGUGGCGUAUGCGUUUCCCAAGGUACGCAUCAUCACCACAGCCGUUGACCCUGUGGUCAGCGAGAAGUUCUACAUUGAGCCAGGCAUUGGCAAUUUUGGAGAUCGGUACUUUGGCACCGAAGCGCUCGAGUACUUGUGACGAAAGGAACAGUCCAGUGGUGGAACCGGCUAGCCUGUGCACUGCUCAGGAGGGCUCAGUGCCACGUUCUGCCCCUUGGCACGCACUGUACAGUGAUACAGCUCUGCACGAGGCUUAUAAUGUGUGACGAACGGUCUGUGAUGCUGACGUCGAAUCUCGCCUUCUCUGCGACAAAUCAUUGACAAGAAGAGGCAGCGCCUAGUUCUUUUUUUUUUUUCAUAUCUCUGAAAGGAUGACCCGUUAACGCUUGCCUUAAUGUUGUUAUGCAAGAGAAUCCAUUCAUUGAAGUUCUCAGGAUAUUGCGCUAGGAGCCACAGUUAAACGUGUUGGUUCUCGGCCCAUGUCGCUUGAGCUCGUGGUCAUCCUCCUUGAAUGAUUAAUUUGGCGUCACCAUGACUGUUUCUGGCUUUCGAGUUGUGUUAUUUUUCCAGGGUAAUUUGGGCAACAGUCAUGCAUUUGUUGGUUUUUCUUUGUAUGUUUCUUUCAGUUUUUUUUUUGUAUGGAUAUGCCACAAGGCUGUAAUGUUAUAAAAUUCACAUUUACACCAACUUUUGCUCUAUACAGCAUUAGUUCCUUGCAGCCAAGCUGAGGAAGGUAUUUUUGGGACUUUUAGCUUUCUUUGCCUUGUUCGAAACAAGAGAUAUAAUCAGUCUGCGUGACAGAGGCAACCUAACAUUUUUUUUUGUCCUGGGAUACGAGAAGAUCCUCACUUCUACUAACUUAUAUCAGAGCUCAGUGAUGUGUUUUUUUCACUGGGAAAGCCUCUGGAAAGGGAGGGAGACUGUGUGGUUUGGCCAGGCCUGUGAGAGCCAAUUCAAGGCCAGAGAAGUAAAUGCAGUCUGAUGUUUUUUUUUUUAAUCUAUACAUACGCAAAUGGACACGCAGGUGGUGCAGUUCUUCAUUUGACAAGUCACAGUGCGAAAUAAUGUAACGGACCAGAAAAGUCUUUCUCGUCGCAAUAUGCCAAAUGUCCAGUAUUUGCUAGCUGCCGGACUGUACUGCCAUUCUUGAGCUUACUGCCAUGGGCAAAGCAGAAUUGUGAGUGAAGGCACGCAUUUAUUGUUUUGUUAAUGUGUCCCUCUAUUUUGGCUUAAUAUGAAUUUCCCCAACAUGACAUGUUUUGACGUUGGUAUUUAUUUGAAGUUCCUCACAGAUAAAAGGUGCCAGUCAUUUGCAUGUCUAGAGAGGCACGCGUGUCUUAUACUUGAUAUAUCAGGCCAUUGUUUCAAUGACGAAUCGUAUGUGAUGUGUUACAUUAACCAUAGAUAACAACGUAGUCAGGGCACAGUUCACAAUCGCGUAUACACUUGGACAAUUCUAGCUUGUGUGGGCGUUUUUAUAUUUUGUAUUAUGGAUUUAAUACUGUACUUGACAAUUUAUACGUCGAAGCGUUACUUUGAACGUCGCGCAUUCUGACUGCUGUGGAACUCUUGACGCAGUGUUCUCAUGUAGAGUAUCGCGGAUUUUAGCAUGGCGUAUAAAAGAGCAGGGCAAUGCUAUUACUAUGGGCUUUGGUAACGCAAAGCUAUUGCUACAUGUGUGCCUUUUUCUUGUUUUAUGCGAUGCCACCCAUGUCUCUCAUUGUGUGUUCAACAUGCUUGUUAAAAGGGGCCCUGAAAAACUUCUAUAAAUUUCAGAAUAGCAUCACUAUGAAAUUACGUCACCUUGCAAAUCUCCCGCCAGAAAAAAAUUUUCAAAUCCUUCAAGCGCAAGUGAAGUUAGACAUAGUUACGGCACCGAUGAGCAGCAUUCCCUCUCAUUUCCACAAGCGCUGGAAGCUACACAAGGAAGAGGGCAAGGGGGUGUAAAGGAGUAAUGACCCUCUAGCCCUGGCCAAAGGUUGUAUGUCUUGGCGGCGAGACGGCUUGUGGUGGCACUCCGUGGCAGCCGCAACAUCUGCGCUAUGCUUUUCGUCUCAGAGGCUGCGUGCAGUGCAAAUAUAAAUUUUCUGUCUUUUUGAGGUUGCAGGCAGAUUUCUUUUUAUUUAUUCAACUCAAAUGAGCAAUAAUUGUAUUACUGAGUUUUUCUCGCAAUCACAAAAUCGGUCAAUAGCUGUUCUGGGCUACGCUUCUUGCAGUGAUGCUGCAUGACGAUGUUGUGAAGGGGGGAGCAAGCGAUUUUCCACUGCUUUUGAAGCAAGAUUGUGAAACGCACCGUGGUGGCAUAGUGGCUAUGGCGCAGCACUACUAAGCCUGAGGGCACGGGAUCGAACCCUGGCUGCAGCAGCUGCAUUUCGAUGGGGGUGAAAUGUGAGAACGCCUUUGUGCCGUGAAUUGGGCGCACGUUAAAGAACCCCAGCUGGCCAAAUUAAUCUAGAGUCCCUCGACAGCGUACCUCACAAUCAAAUCAUGGUUCUGGCACGUAAAACCCCGGAAUUGAAAUAAUUUUUCUUUAGAGGGCAGCUCACAGGCACCCGUUCCUGUGGCAAGCGUCGUCAUCGUCCCUCGGCAUCCUUGUAAUUGAGCGAACGAGCACAGGAAAAAGAUUAAAAAGCGAAUGCAGAGCACGAAUGACAGACAGCAAUUGUGAAGAGAGCGUGAAGAGGAAUGCGGAGGAGGAGGGUACAGCAGAACCAUGAGGGGGAAAGCGGAGGAGGAGGUUAUGGCAAAAGUGUGAGAAGAAAAGCGUGCCGCGCACUACGGCCUUUGUGGCGACGAUGACUACGAGAUGGCGCCAGAUUAGCAUGCAUUGUCUGUAUGGAAACAAAGUGCUGCACGAGCGAAGGUCUUGUCUGCCGUAGCUGCUGUGAAUCAUGCCCACGCAUCACGAUUAGUGAGGCAGUCACGACACACUUCGGUCCGUUUGCAAUGCGCUGCAUGAGACAUUGUAUGCACCAGCCAAUAUAUCGCAUAAUAAAAACUCUUAUACAGCUGCACUCAAAUUUUGCGUUAGGGUGUAUUGUAAUCAUUGGUGAAUUUUUUUACGCAAGAUUGUAAAUUCUUUGCUUGCAAUAAUAGUAUUUGGCUCGCAUGUUCACAGGAGCUUCGUUAACAUAUCGGCAACAUUUUCUUACUAUGUUCAAAAGGUGUUUCAGGGCCCCUUCAAGAGAAGCGAGUUUUGUACAAGCUGUUUUGAAGUGUGCAGGCCAAGCUGACACUUACAGGUGACUGCUACUGUUUAUUUUGGUUGCAGACAUUUUUGCGUUGCAGGUUAGCGAGUUUUUCCGCUGCAAAAUCCAGUGCACAUGAUCUUGCAAGUGCGGCAGUGGGUGCACCUCCUGUAUUUUACAAAGCCCAGCUGCUGCAUCAUAGUCUUCACACUGGUUCCUUUUUAUUUUGUGAUGAUAUACACAGGGAGGGCAGAUAUUAAUGUGUUAGUCAUGGUCGUAUUGUCUCUACAGGUGACGCUGUGUUAUAUUGUGCUUGUGUUGCUGAAGGCCAUUAACAGUUGAAUAUUGUUGUGAAUGAAAUUGCGUCUGUCAUGGAAAUACCGUCAUUGUAUCUGAAAUUUGUUGCAAGUGUAUUCGUUACACGCUAAUAUUGAAUAGAAGUGUUUUGGGUUUACUUCACUAUGUUGGAUAAUUCAUUAUAUCAUUGCUCUUUACAUGGAGGUUUGACUAAAAUUUUCAUCAAGCGUUUUGCUUGGUAGCCUAGAGUUCACUUCAAAAUGGUGCCAGCGUUGCUGGCUGUAACAUUGGGACCCUCUGUUUUCCCUUGUGCAUAGUGCACAUUCAGAAUUUGUGAUACAGGCCUUGAGGCUCUUGGGUAUUUUCUUUCUCCUUAUUUUUUUUUUUUUUACCCAUGAAUAAGGCAUCCCUAAUGCUUACCGGGAUGGCCUUAGCGUAUGUGCACUUUUCAUGGCUGUCCUCACUAAUUCGACAGCAUAAAGUCAUUUCUUUGUACAGUUUUGAAUAUGUCUGGUUACAAAAUAAAACUGGGGUAUCGGUG